AGAUAGAGGAGAGAGAGACAACUAAAAUUGCCCUGCAUAUCGUUUGGAUGUUGCAAAUGUUUUUCUAACAUUUAAUAUAACAAUUAUAAAAUAUCAAAGAAUAAAGUGAAAGUUUUAUUAAGAUUUAUCAUUAUUGAAUCAAAAAUACGUUUGACAAUUUGUGUUCAUGAUGUGUAAAAGUUAGAUGAAUUUUAAUAGUGUGUUCAUGAACAGCAAUAAACAUGAGAGAAGUCCAGAUGUUAUUGACAUAAUGUAGUAAAAAAACAUUUAUAAUUUAUUUAUCAAAUUGUUUAAUUGGAUAAAUAAACAUCCGUGAUAUCCGGAAUAGGAUACAUGGAUGUAGCAAAUGGCCAGAAACCCCACGGUGGACAAUUGUCCACUGGAGGAGGUACUGGCUUGGACAAAAAUAAUGAUUGGCAAAUGGAGUUGUUGAUGGAAAAAUUACGCUCCAAGUCAUCAGCUUUUAAAAGUCUUGUAGAAACAGCAAAAAAUCUUCGAAUGGCAAUGCUGGAUAAGCGUUUUUCAAUUGAUAGUGUUGAAAAAGGACAAUUACAAAAAUGUCUAGACACUGAAAUCGCAAGACAACUUAACUCAUUACAAUCAAUGGCGAAGUCAUCAACUGGACUUAAAUUUAUGAUGGCAUCAUCGGAACUUGUUUUUAUAUCAUCAGAGGUACUAUUUGAACCAUCUGGAAUAGUAAAAGAUGUUAAAAUUCAUCAUGAAGGAAAAAAUGAACAACAAAGCUGUGAAGAACUUGUAUCAUGUUUAUCACGUGGUGAUUUUGUUGAUUUUACAGCACAACUUGAAGGUCUAUCAUCGAUAUAUCAGUUAAAUGCUGAAAAAAAAAUAAAAUGUAAAGCAUUUAGGUGGCUGAUGGUUGCAUUACAAACAUUUAUUAAUGUUCAUAAAAGUCCAGUUGGUAUAUUAGAAAAAAGAAAAGGUGGUCAUGCUAUGAAAUUAACAUAUUUUGUAUCACCAUAUGAUUUAAUAAAUCAAGAUAAUCGUAAAUGUGAUCAAUUAAGUUCUGAAGCAGUUAUAACACGUAAAAUUGGACAUUCAGUAACAGUAUGUAUGGAAGGUUCAACAGCUCAUAAAUUACCAACAUCAAAUAUAAUAACAGUUAAUCGUAGUCCAACUGGUAAAAAUACACCUUCAUAUGCAUCAUUAACUGGUUCAAAUUCAUCAAUGUUACCAGCAUGUUUUGUUCUUAAACUUGGUAAAAAAAUGCCAAUGUGUCUUGAAUUAAUAUAUCGUAUACAAAAAGUAACUGAACUUGAAUGUACAGAUGUUACAAAACCACAACCAUUAUUAAGUUUAAUUGUACAACAUUCAAGUAAUGGACAACUUGAUUGUCGUUAUAAUCGUAGUUUAUUUGUAACAUUGCCAGAUCAACAACAUUGUUAUUUUAUGACAGAAAAUAAAAGUAUGGAAGGUGUAUUAAUUGGUAGUAUACCAUUUACACAUCCAGCACAUGUACCACAAAUACUUGUUUAUUUACGUCAACAAGCAUUAUUUAAUACAUUAUUAACAAGUUGUGUUAGAUCAAUGUCAUGUAAUAAUAUUGAAAAUGCAACAAUGUUUGAAAUAAGUGCAUUAUCAUGGCAACAUAUGUCUGUUAGUCUUGAGCAUCCAUUUGAAGAAACAAUGGCAACUGUUGAGCUUGAUUUAACUGAUAUAUCAGCAUUAAAAUGUAAAUUAUAUGGUGUAUUAUUAACAAAUACUGAACAAACAUCUGAUAUUAUUAGUAAAGUUUUACAAAAGUGCCUUAGUAUACCAGUUACAAUGAGAGCAUUAAUUAAAACAUGGGAAGGAAAAAAUUUAAUGCCAAUAAGUAAUUUUGGAAGUGGUACAAAUGGUACAAAUGGUGGUAGUGGUGGCGGUGGUGGCAAUGGUAAUAAUAAUAAUAAUAACAAUAAUAAUAAUAACAAUAAUAAUAAUAAUAAUAAUAAUAAUGGUAAUACAACAAAUGGUACAACUAAUUAUGGUAAUAAUGAAAGAGAUCAAAAUGGUCAUGAUACAUCAAAUAGUAUGACUGAUUUUACAAAUGGUGAUAAUAAAAUUCAACCAGAAAAUGGAUUGAAUGGUAAUGCUAUAAACAAUAACAAUAAUAGACUAUCAACAGCAUUAUUACCAACAACAUCAAUAUCAUCAUCAUCAAUAACAACAACAAAUCAACAGCAGCAGUCUUUUUUAGAUGCCGGAACGGAGAAUAGUAUCGGGUUCCCGUCGUUUUCCGGUCAAGCCGAUACAUUAUUAUUAUCUUCUUCAUUAUCAUCAACAGCUACAACAGCAACAACACCAUCAGCUACACUGAAUUCAUUUUUUAAUCAAGAUAAAAAUUUACCAAGCAGUAGCACAGUGACAACAUCAAUAAUAACAACAACAACAACAACUCCACCACCAACAACAACAGCAGCAGCAGCAAUAACAACAACAAUAAUAUCGUCAUCAUCACUAACGACGAUGACAACAGCAGCAGCAGCAACAACAACAACAACAACAACAACAGCAACAGUUUCUAUUGUUGAUAGACCAAAAAAAAGAAAAAGAAAAACAGCUGAUGGUACAUGGCGUAGUCCAAAAAAUAAAAAUGAUGAUACUAAUGAUAUAUUAUUAGAAAGUUCAAGUUCAGAUUCUACACCACUUGGUACACCAACAAAUAGUAGAGAUGCAAAUGGUACUAGAACACCAACACCAACAUCAAUAAAUAUUAUUGGUAAUUUAGAUAUAUCAAAUAUUGAUACAAGUGAUUUUAUAUCUGGUGAUACAAGAAGUUCAAAUGAAUAUGAUAUUGAUAAUGAUAAUGAAAUAAUGGAAGUACAUGAUUUACCAGAUGAUUACACUGAAAUAAUAAAACGUGAUAAAAAAUCACGUAAAAAUCGUGAUGAUAAAAAAAGUCCAAAUGUAUUUGAUGAAAGUAAAAAUAAUAAUUUAAUACCACCAUCAGUUAGUAUAACACCAAUAACAAAUAGUAAUAUAACACAAACAACAAAUUAUAAUUCUGUAUUAACUGGUAUGGGUUUAGAAAGACGUCCGGGUAUUGAAAUAAUACCAAUAUCAUCAACACCACAAACAAAUUUACCAAGUUCAAUAACAAUAACACCAAUAACUGGUGCAACAAUAAAACCAGUAACAUCAGAUGAACGUAAAGAUAGAAAAAAAACAAAUGAUGAUAAAGGAAGAUUAGAAAAAAAACGUAAAAGAAAAAGAGAAGAUAGUCCAAUGGGUCCACCAGAUAAAUUACCACCAAAACAACAACAAGAUCCAUUAUCAAAACCCGUAUCAGUUAGUAUUAAACCAACUGAAACACAAACAAAUAUAACAACACGUCCAUCAUCACCAGCAACAACAUUGAGAAAAUUUAAUCCAUCACCAACACAUACAAGUCCAUUGGCACUUGUUGGUAAAUCAUCAACAACAACAACAAUUAAACAAUCAAUAACAAGUCCAAAUACAACAGCAACAUCAUCAUCAACAACAUCAACAUCAAGUAAAUCAUUACCAAGUCCAAAACAUUCACCAGUAUACAAUAGUCCAAAACAUUCAUCAGCAAGUGUUAGUCCAAAGCAUGGUACAUCAUCACCAAAACAUGGUGGUUCAACAAGUUCUGGUAAACCAAGUAUAUCAGCAUUAAAAUCAGCUGCUAAUAAUUCACCAUCAGCAUCAUCAUCAUCGUCGUCGUCAUCGUCGUCGUGUAGUAAAACAAGUAGUGAAGUAACUGUAUCAAAAACAAAAUCAUCAUCAUCAUCAAGUAAAGAUACAAGUAGCCGUGAUAAAGAUAAAAAAAAUCCAUCAUCGUCUUCAUCGACAACAACAGCAAUUACUACUACAUCAGCAACAGCAACAACAAUCACAACUACAACAACGACAACAACAACUGGCAUAUUAUUUACAAGUGGAAAUUCUGGACAUCAAAGUCCAAAAACAAAAUCAUCAAGUAAUAAAUUAAAACAAAUUGAAUUAUUACCAAGUUGUACUACUGGUGAUACAACAUCAUCAUCAUUACCAAGUAGUGGUAGUAGUACACCACCAUCUGGUAGUACUGAUAUGUGUAAAUCAGCAACAGCACAAUUACAAGCAAGAAAUCGUAAAGGUUCAUUAAGUGCAGUUAUUGAUAAAUUAAAAAAUGCCCAACAUGUUACUGAUGAUCCUGGUAAUAAUGGUGGUAAUGGUGGUAAUGGUGGUGGUGGUGGUAAUGCUGCAAAAACAUCACCAACAACAACCACAACGAGUGAAACAUGUCAAAAAGAAAAGACAUCAAGUACAUCAACUAAAACAAGUGGUGAUGGUAAAAAUAGUGGUAAAAAUAGUCCUUCAUUAGAAUCAAAAAAUCCAGCUGAAUAUAUGGUUAAACAUAGUUUAGAUGGUAUGAAAAUAACAAUUAAUAAAACACGUGUUAAAGAUUCAAAAACAGGAACAAAUACGAAAGCAUCAACAAGUAGUAGUAGUAGUAGUAGUACGAGUGGAUUAAUACCAGUUGAUAAAACAUCUUCAUCAUCAUCGUCAUCAUCAUCUUCUUCAUCAUCAUCAUCCUCGUCGGGAAACGGAUCGCCCAAGACUCACACUGGCCUGAAGCCUGGUGUAAAUUCUGGACCAGCUUCGAAAAAACCACAAUCAACAUCAUCAAUAAAAGUGUUGAGUCAACAGGGCGCAUCAACGACAUCAUCAAUGUCAAAUAAAAUCGGAUUAUCAGGUCAAAAAUUAUCAUCAACACAAAAAUUAACAUCAAAUAUUAAUACAUCAAAUACAAGUGGUAUUACAACAAAAAAUUCAAGUACAAAAACAUCAAGUGGUUCACCAAAAAUGUCAAAUUCAGGUGCAACUGAUUUAAGUAGAAAUCGCGAUAAACAAAGACAACCAAAAUCAAUUGAUAAAAGUUUAUUUGGUACAAAAACAAUUGAUUCAAGAAAAUUAAGUCCAUCACCAUUACGUGAUGAUAUUGAAAGUGAACGUUCAUUUAAACUUUUAACACAUUCAUCAAUGUCAAAUAUAACAAAUUUUUCACCACAAUUAGUUGUUGAAGGACUUAUUAAUAAACAAUUAGAUACAAAUUUUCAAAUACCAAAAUUAUCAGCACGUAUUAAUGCUGAUUCUUCUGAUAAAAAAUCAACUAAUGAAAAAACAACAACAGCAUCAUCAGUAGCAGCAACGACAACAGCAGCAGCAACAACAAUAGCAACAACAACAGCAAUAGCAUCAACAACAGUAGUAUUAACAACAACAACACCUUCACCUACAACAACUCCACCGACACCGCUAGCAAUAAUAACAUCACCUCCACUAGCAGUAACAAUUACAACAGCAGUGACAACAACAACAAUCACUGCAACAACAACAGCAACAACAACUUUGUCAACAGAACAAAAUAAAUUAAUUGAUUCAACAAUUAAAAUUGAACAAUCUAAAAAUCAAACUAUUCAAAAUACAAAUUUAUCGAGUAAUCAAAAAUCUAUUGACGUUGUUGAUGCAAGUUUAGUAUCAACAACAUCAACAACACCAGAUAAUUUGUCAUUGACUACAAUGCCAAUUUUAAAUUUGAGUAAUGCAGCUGAUGCUUCAACGAGUCUUCAGUCAUCUUCAUCUUCCACAACUGUUUCAACAAUACCAAUAAUUUCCGCAAAUAUUACUACUGCAGCUUCUACUAUAACAACAGCGUCUUCAUCAUCUUCCUUGUUAUCAUCUAUUUCUUCAGAUCCAGUUUUAGUAUCUGUUGCAACAUCUUUAACACCAAUAUUAUCGUCUUCAUCGGCAAUUUUAACUUCUCAUGAUACUGAUGUGCCCACUAAUUUAUCAAUGCAACCAGACAUUGAAUCCAAAGAUUUAACUGCCAAUCAAAGAUCCUUAUCAACUUCUGCAUUUCUUAAAAAUGUUUCAUCAGUUGAUAGUACACAUAAUAACAAUAAUAACAAUAAUAAUAACAACAAUAAUAAUGAUACUUUAAUUAAUAUUUUAUCAUCACAUGCAAAUACAGAUACAACAAAUGUUGCUGAUUUAAUUACGUCAAAAAUAACUCCAACAUUUACAUCGUCAUCAUCAUCAUCAUCAUCAUCAGCAUCAUCAUCAAGUAAUAAUCCAAAUACAAUUGCAUUAUUAUCAGAGAGUUUAAAUUUAAGUACAAAACCAGCUGAUGCUGCAUUAAAUAAAUACAAAAUAACAGAUGAUAGAAAAAUAAUUGAAAAAAAUCAAAAUCCAACAGUAAUUCCAAGUGUAUCAUCAACAACAACAACAAUUGAUAUGCCAGUUAAAUCAAAAACACCAGUACCAAAUAUAAUACCAGAUGUUGGUGAUAUGUUGUUAGAUUUUUCAACACCAAAAGAUGUUAAUAAAGUUGCUAUUUCAACAAUAACAGAUAGAGCUAUUAGUUUACAAACACCGGUUAGAAGAAAUACACCACCACCUUUACCAAUAGCACCAUUACCAAUAACAUCACAAUUGCCAACAUCAUCUUUUUCACCCAAUCCAUCAAUCAGUACUAUAUUAAAUACUGUUAAAAGUCCAUCAGAAUCACCACGAUUAAUACCAUCAGCAUCACCGUGUAUCACUGAUGAUGAACUCAUGGACGAGGCACUUGUUGGUCUAGGCAAAUGAAGAUUACUAAAUGUCCUGCGUUUUAAAUGUUACCCAAAAAAAAUAACAUUGGUUUCUACGAAUUAUUGUUAUUUUAGUAACCAGUUUAUUUUAUUUCUAUGAAAUUUAUUUGUAGGUAAAUGAUCAAGUAAAUAUUAUUUUAUUUAUUUUUUUUUGUUUACUACACAAGCAUGUUAGUGUUACAUGUACAAAAUUAUAUAAUGGUUUUGUAAUUAUUAAUUUUUAUUGGGAACAUUUUUACAUGUAAAAAAUUAAGAUCUUUGAAAGAAAAAAAAAAUUUUAAAAAACGCAGGCAAAAUUAGGAAUUUAAUUAAAAGUUAUAUAAUACUCGAAUUUUUAAAGUUUUUUUUUUAAAUACUUUUUAUUUUAAUUAAUUCAUGACUCUGUUGAUUACACUAAAAAAAAAAAUAACAUGUAAAAAAGAACAAGAAAAUGAUUAUUAAUUUAUAUAUAUAUUGUUUUUUUUUUCUUUUUUUAUUUAACAAUUAAUAUGAGUCAAAUUAAAGCUUUUCAUCGUGCUUCCUUUGGACAAUAAUAGAUAUUUUUAUUUACCACAAAUUUGUCAUGAAAGUAAUUGCCUUUAUUUUUUUUUCUCUCAAUCUUCAAUUAUUAGAAAAAUAUUUAUAAAUCAAAAAUAUAUAAAUAAAAAAGACUAUAUACAUGAUAUUGUUAAAAUAUCAAUUUAAAUAAUUAGAAAAUUAAAACAAAAUUCUAGUUCAACAACGCGGGUGUGGAGAAGAGAAAUGAAAAACAAAUAUAGAGCUUGAGCAAGAAUUAACAUAAAUAAAAGAAAGUUCAAAUAACAAAGAACAAAAUUAAAUUAAAUUAAUUAUUAAUAAUUAAAGUUUGAUUUAAAAAAAAAUUGUUCAAUUGUUACAAUUUUUCAAGUAACGACAACAAAUUGAUUUAUAACGAAACAAAUAUACUUGAAUAAUUUGUAUAGUUAAAAUUAAAUCAAUCAGACAACAAUUAAUAAAUUAAAUUGAAUAAAAAACUAAUAAAUGCGAGAACUAUAUACAUGUAUAUAUUCUGUAUGCAAAUAAUCAUGUUGUAUAAUUAUCUUUUCUCACAAUUGA